AUGAAGAUUAUAAUCGAAAAGGAAGAACAUUGUCCGUUACUGGCGCACAGUACUAGGCGUAAUAAUGGAUUAAACAUUCUGAAUAGUAUAACUAUCGAACCGGUGGUUCUUUUACACUGUUUUGGAUGGAGCAUCUCUGAGGUGAAGCUUGUCGAUCAAAUUAUAUAUCAAUCGUGUGUAGUGACACUUGGAUCUAGUGCAUGUUCCAAAUUAGGUAGUGAAGAUGUUGGUAUUUUCCUAGAGGAAAUCAUUCAACCAUAUGCGUCGAUGGUAUCGAUGGGUAUUGUCGUACUUACUUCAGUAGUUCCUGCUCUUACGGCAAUGUUUUUCGCACCUUGGUCUGAUAAAUUUGGUCGAAAAGGGAUAAUAGCUGCCGCUUCGAUUGGAUAUUUAAUCACAGAUUUGUUGGUGGCUUUAGUUAGUUACUUGUCAUCAUUCUACGUUAUAAACCCGUGGUAUUAUUUUGUAGCAAAUAUACCAGUGGCGAUUUUAGGAGGCUUUUCUGUAUUUAACGUAGGGGUUUACAGUUACCUUCAUGACAUAACAAAUGAACAUAAUAGAACAAUCCGGAUGGGAGUUUUGCAUGGUUGUACAAUGUUCGGAAUACUGAGUGGACUGUUGGUCAGCAGUUAUCUCAGCACAGUAACAUCACUAACGGUGAUGUACUUAUUAUCAGCAUCAACAGCUCUCAUAAGCAUUCUUUACCUGUUGUUUGCGAUUGAUGAAAGUGUUAUAGGGGUCGAAUUGUACACUAAGACAGAGAAACUGAAAUCAGCAUUUAAUAUAAAUUUCAUGAGAUCAAUGUUGAACACCUUGACGAAAAGCAGACCAGGGCGUGAUCGAUUAAUCACAUGGCUUCUGAUAGCCGUUGGUGCAUUAGUGGAAUUUGCUAUCGCCGGCCGGGUUCUCUUUUACUUGUAUACUAGACAUGAGUUCAAAUGGGAUAGCAGUACAUAUAGCCUAUGGUUGGCUAUUGAAAUGGGGACAAUUAUGAUGGGUAAUCUUUUUGGAAUCGUCAUGUUAAAGAAAUGGCUCCGCAUGUCAGAUGUUGGUGUACUAAUGGUUUCCACUGUCAACCAUCUCGGAGAUUAUAUGCUAAAAGGAUUCUCAACACAAGGGUGGCAACUAUAUUACACAACGAUUUUGACACCAUUUAAGGGCAUCGAUGGAGCCGCAGUUAGAUCGAUUCUAUCGAAAAUUCUUCCCGCAGAAGACAUUGGAAAAAUUUACGCAAUGGAUUUGUGCAUUAAGGCCAUAAUACCACUGAUCUCUGUAUUUGUACUGACAUAUCUCUAUAAUCACACGGUUGAUAAAACACCUGCAACGUAUUUGUUUGUGACCGGAGCAAUGUUCGGGCUAAAUUUGUUGUUUAUUGGAAUGAUAUACACGUUACUUAAGUCACGACAAUAGCAUACACAUUAUGAACAUAUAUAUCUUGGCAAAUGCGUCCUUAGGCUGGCA